UCGCUCCCCACAACGUUCUCCCCACCUCUCUUCCCCCCGGGCCUCUCAUAUACGCCACCGCGCGCGCCCCGCUCCGCUCCUCCUCUCCCUUCCCUUCCCUUCCUCGACGACCGCCCCAGGAAGCGCCUCCCCGCCCGCCUCCGCCAGGAAGGAAGGGGGCCGUCGUCGGGUCGGGUCGGGUCGGCCAUGGCCUACAGGGCGGAGGACGACUACGACUACCUCUUCAAGGUCGUGCUCAUCGGCGACUCCGGGGUCGGCAAGUCCAACCUCCUCUCCCGCUUCACCCGCAACGAGUUCAGCCUCGAGUCCAAGUCCACCAUCGGCGUCGAGUUCGCCACCAGGAGCAUCCGGGUCGACGACAAGGUCGUCAAGGCCCAGAUCUGGGACACGGCAGGGCAGGAGAGGUAUCGGGCAAUUACAAGUGCAUACUAUCGAGGGGCUGUUGGUGCGCUUGUCGUGUACGAUGUGACACGCCAUGUGACCUUUGAGAAUGUGGAGAGGUGGUUGAAGGAGCUCCGGGAUCACACAGAUGCAAACAUCGUCAUCAUGCUUGUCGGCAACAAAGCUGAUCUACGCCACCUUAGGGCUGUAUCAGUGGACGAUGCCAAGGCCUUCGCUGAGAGGGAAAGCACCUUCUUUAUGGAAACAUCUGCACUGGAGGCCAUGAACGUUGAGACCGCCUUCACUGAGGUUCUGACUCAGAUCUAUCGUGUAGUCAGCAAGAAGGCCCUCGACAUAGGCGAUGACCCUGCUGCUCCACCGAGAGGACAAACCAUCAACGUUGGUGGCAAGGAUGAUGUCUCUGCUGUGAAAAAGGCAGGGUGCUGUUCAUCCUAAAUUCGUUUGCUUGUGAAGAGGGACCAUAUGCUCACCUGAUUAUAUGGGUAACUGCAAAUAUGACAUCCUUUUUGCCUCCUAACCUGGUUGUUUGCGAGAUUAUACCGGUGCACCAAGAAUUUCGUUUAGAUAUCAAGAUUUAACCCCAGGUUGAUAAGGGGGGCCAUGCUAACUUUGGAAUGUCAGUGAUUUUGUGGUUGCCUUUUAUGGUUUCUUUGCUGCUGUAUUGUCCCACCUCAAUUGACACAAGAAUCCUCUCAACAUUUCACUGCGCAGCCUAACCUGAUAAAGGUUGUAAUGGGAGAUAUGGUUCAUUACUUCUCUUGGCUUUCCUGCUGAAUGGAUGUGUACUAUGUAGCCCUCAGAGAUUAUACUGUAUCUUCUGUAUCACAAUAGGUUAUGUCUACUUGGUAAAUGUCAUCUGUAACUGGUAGCCAGUUUUACACUGUUAUAUUGUGUAUCUUCCUUCCCAGAUGUACAGAAUUUGCAUUGAAGAUCCAUGCUUCUUA